UUCUGUAAUCUGUUUCCCUAUUCAUUUUCUUGAGCAUAUUUUAUUGCCAGGGCCAUCAAGAAUACAUGGAGUCAUGUUCGUCAUCUGAAUCAGGUCCAUGGAGAUUAUUCACAGGACUAAGUGCUUGUGAAAUUUGCAAGGUUGAAGAGCUAGAGUAUGCGGAGCUCCCAGGCUCUGGGGAUAGCUGUUGUAAGCUUAAACUUAGAUUUGUGGACCCUUCUUCAAAUAUGUAUGGAAAAUCAUUUAAAUUAACUCUACCUGAAUUGAUUAACUUCCCUGAUUUUGUUGUUGAGAAAACAUGGUAUGAUACUGCCAUGAAGAGAAAUUGGUCUUCAAGAGAUAAAUGCAUGGUCUGGUGGAGAAAUGAAGAUGGGAAAGGUGGAAAUUGGUGGGAUGGUCGAAUUAUUUCAGUUCAGGCCAAAUCUCAUGACUUCCCUGACAGUCCCUGGGAAAGGUAUCUUAUCCAGUACAAGAUUGAUCCAUCAGAGAAUCAUAUGCAUAGUCCGUGGGAACUAUGUGAUCCCGAGAUUCUAUUGGAGCAUCCCCACAUUGAUCAUGAAAUCAGAGAUAAGCUGCUGUCCUAUUUCACUAAAUUAGACCACAGGGAGAAGUUUGAUAUCCAAGCACUGAAACACGUAGCUGAGAAAUUAGAGUUUUCAAACAGGUACUAAAAGUUUCUGUGUAGAAAGGCACAGAGCACUGGUAUGCCAGUGGUAUUUUUAUGCAGGCAGGCCUGUUCCGGCAAUUUCCGUGCCUUGAAAUCAAGUACACAAAAAGUAAAAAAGAGAAAGCGACAGUUUAAAUACGUGAUCUUAACUGGAAUGACUACUAUCGAAGUGUGGAAGGUGUCAAGCAUGAUAUACUGGUAAUGUUAGCAAAUGCCGAAGACUUCUUUACAAUCACAAAAAAUGGUCAGCUGUUGAGCAACAUCAAGAGAAUAUCAGAAUGGGUUAGAAGGAAACUUGAAAGGAUAUAGAAAGCCCAAAUUGGGAUUUAUAGGUUUCUUCUAACAUUGUUUUUCAUUCUUUAAUCCAAUUUUGGAGAAUUAGUUGGUAUUUAAGUUGGUCUUAUAGAAUGGAGGCCAUAGGUGGUGGUAAAUAUCAGCUGUCACAUGUGUAUAUAUCUACUAACUCAUCCUUUUUAAUGCCAAGUAUCUUUAUGAGGCACAUCUUCGGCUUUUUAUCGUUGAUUUCGGGAUUCUAAUUUUUGGUGCCGAG